CCCGCCCUUGCCUCUUCCUGCGGCCGCCCGUGUUUGCUCCGGUCCGGCGCCCGCCCGCCGCCUUCCAGCGACCCCUCCCCGCCCGUUGCCAGCGCCGUCUCCUUCUGAGCUCCCUCAGGCCGGCGGGGAGGGAAGCCCAAGUCACGGAGGGGCCAUGACUGUGGAGCAGAAUGUGCUGCAGCAGAGCAACUCCCAGAAGGAGGAGCCAAGUGGAAAUUAUUAGGCAGCAUGCAUCAACACACUUGAUCAUAAAUUUUGAGGAAUUUUGGCUUAGCAUCCUGUGCAAACUGCUGUCUUGAUACCUACUUAGCAUUUUGAUGCACCGAGUGCUUGCUAAGUUUCAAGCAAGUCCAAGAGAAACUGGGCACAUGAUAGAAGAGGCAAUACACAUCCAGAAAGAAAUGUUUUUCAGCAGUUUUCAUCAUUUACUGCACCAGCAGACAUUUCUGAAUCAGCUGAGAGAGAUCACUGGUAUCAAUGACACCCAAGUACUGCAACAAGCCUUGAAGGACAGCAAUGGGAACUUGGAAUUAGCAGUAGCCUUCCUUACAGCAAAGAAUGCUAAGAUUCCUCAGCAAGAAGAGGCAACUUACUAUCAAACAGCACUUCCUGGAAAUGACAGAUACAUCAGUGUGGGCAGCCAGGCAGAUACAAAUGUGAUUGAUCUCACAGGGGAUGAUAAAGAUGAUCUUCAGAGGGCAAUUGCCCUCAGUUUGGAGGAGUCAAACAGGGCAUUCAGGGAGACUGGAAUAACAGAUGAGGAGCAAGCCAUCAGCAGAGUUUUAGAAGCCAGCAUAGCAGAAAACAAAGCAAGUCUUAAAAGGACACAUCCAGAAGUAUGGAGUGACUCUCCUAAUCCAUAUGAUAGAAAACGUCAAGAUAAUUGGCCAGUGGGAUUAAAAAAUGUUGGCAAUACAUGCUGGUUCAGUGCAGUUAUACAGUCGUUAUUUAAUUUGCUGGAAUUCCGAAGGCUUGUCUUAAAUUAUAGUCCACCUGCAAGUGCUCAAGAUCUGCCCCGAAACCAAAAGGAAAACAGAAAUUUGCCUUUUAUGCGUGAACUAAGAUACCUGUUUGCACUUCUUGUUGGCUCAAAGAGAAAAUAUGUUGAUCCUUCAAGAGCUGUUGAGAUCCUUAAAGAUGCAUUUAAAUCAAAUGAUUCUCAGCAGCAAGAUGUCAGUGAAUUCACACAUAAGUUAUUGGACUGGUUAGAAGAUGCCUUCCAAAUAAAAGCUGAAGAGGAGCAGGAUGGAGAGAAGCCAAAGAAUCCAAUGGUAGAACUAUUUUAUGGGCGAUUUCUAGCAGUUGGAGUUCGCGAAGGGAAGAAAUUUGAAAAUACAGAGAUGUUUGGCCAGUACCCACUUCAGGUUAAUGGCUUCAAAGAUCUGCAUGAGUGCCUAGAAGCUGCCAUGAUUGAAGGAGAAAUUGAAUCCUUACACUCAGAAAAUUCUGGGAAGUCUGGCCAGGAGCACUGGUUUACUGAGCUUCCUCCUGUCUUAACCUUUGAACUUUCAAGAUUUGAGUUCAACCAGGCUUUAGGAAGACCUGAAAAGAUACAUAACAAAUUGGAGUUUCCUCCAGUUUUAUACCUGGACAGAUAUAUGCAUAGAAACAGAGAUAUAACACGAAUAAAGCGGGAUGAAAUCAAGAGACUUAAAGAAUACCUCACAGUAUUACAGCAGAGACUAGAACGGUAUUUAAGUUAUGGUUCCGGUCCAAAACGGUUCCCCCUGGUAGAUGUCCUACAGUAUGCACUGGAGUUUGCAUCAAGUAAGCCGGUAUGCACGUCUCCUAUUGAGGAUCUUAAUUCUAGUGCUCUUCCUUGUGGUACUUUGCCAACACAGGCAAUUCCAAGCACAACAGAACAGCAGGGGCCUUCUACAGAAACACAAAGCACAUCACCUGCACAGCGAUCGGUGAUACACAAGCCAUUCACACAAUCUCGGAUUCCUCCAGACCUGCCAAUGCAUCCAGCACCAAGACAUAUAACUGAAGAGGAGCUUUCAGUGCUAGAGGGCUGUUUACACCGUUGGAGAACAGAAGUAGAAAAUGACACUAGAGACUUGCAAGAAAGCAUAUCUAGAAUACAGCGGACAAUUGAAUUAAUGUACUCUGAUAAAUCAAUGGUGCAGGUUCCUUAUCGGUUACAUGCUGUAUUAGUUCAUGAAGGCCAAGCUAAUGCAGGACACUAUUGGGCAUAUAUUUAUGACAGUUACCAGAGGAAGUGGAUGAAAUACAACGAUAUUUCUGUAACAAAGUCUACUUGGGAAGAGCUUGAGCGUGACUCGUUUGGUGGUUAUCGGAAUGCGAGUGCUUACUGUUUAAUGUAUAUAAAUGAUAAGGAACCAUUUUUGAUACAAGAGGAAUUUAACAAGGAAACAGGCCAUAUGGUUGUUGGAAUGGAUACAUUGCCUCCUGAUUUAAGAGAUUAUGUCAAAGAAGACAAUAAACGUUUUGAAAAAGAGUUAGAAGAAUGGGAUGCACAGAUUGCUUUGAAAGCACAACAGGAAAAGGCAGUAACAUCCCAGCUGUCCAGGGUGCCUGUGCCUUCUGCUGUGCAAGGAGAAGAACCAGAAUAUUUGGAACAGCCAUCAAGGACUGAUGUUGCAAAGCAAUUGAAAGAAGAUUCUAUACGUGCAAUCACAAAAGCAUUCACUGAUCAAGAAGAUAAAAGUCCUGAUGUGAUUAUGAAUUUGAAUUCUGAUAGUGCCCCAGUGUCGACAAACCCUAAUCAGAAAGUUGUUGAGGUGGCAAUCCCUGAAGUAGGGACUUAUGUGGUUGAGUCAGAGGAGGGGGGUUAUGAUGAUGAGGUCAUGCUGUCUCCAAACAUGCAAGGUAUUAUCAUGGCUAUAGGUAAAGCCACGAAUGUGUAUGACAGGUGUGGGCCAGAAGCUGGGUUCUUUCAGGCAAUAAAAUCAGAAUAUGCACGGUUACUCAAACUAGCCCAAGAAGACACGCCUCCUGAGUGUGAUUACCGUUUGCAUCAUGCAAUUGUCUACUUCAUCCAAAAUCAGGCCCCAAAGAAAAUAAUUGAGAGAACAUUGCUGGAGCAAUUUGCAGAUCACAAUUUGAGUUUUGAUGAAAGGUGCAGAAACAUUAUGAAAGUGGCUCAAGCCAAAAUUGAAAUGAUAAAGCCAGAUGAAGUUAGCAUGGAAGAUUAUGAGUGGUGGCACCAAGAAUACAGAAAUUUCAGGGAGACAACUGUGUAUCUCAUGGUGGGAUUAGAACUGUUUCAAAAGAAGAAUUUUAAAGAAGCCUUGCUGUAUCUUAUCUCUGCUUAUCAUAAGAACAAAGAGCUCUCAUCAAAAGGCUUAUAUAGAGGGCAUGAUGAAGAAUUGAUGUCCCAUUAUAGAAGAGAAUGUUUGCUAAUGUUAAAUGAGUGUGCUGCGACCCUGUUUGAAUCUGGAGAUGAUGAAGAAGUCAAUAAAGGGCUGGAAAUCAUGAAUGAGCUAAUUGUCCCAUGUCUACCAUUGUUGUUGGUGGAUGAAACUGAGGAAAAAGAUAUUGUUGCUGUAGAAGAUAUGAGAAACAGAUGGUGUUCCUAUCUGGGACAAGAAAUGGAGCCUAACUUGCAAGAAAAGCUAACGGAUUUCCUGCCAAAAUUGCUAGAUUGUUCUACAGAAAUUAAAGGUUUCAGUGACCCACCAAAGUUACCGUCUUAUUCCACCCAUGAACUGUGUGAUCGAUUUGCCCGAGUCAUGUUGUCUCUCAGUCGAACUCCAGCUGAUGGAAGAUAAACUCGGAAGACCUUCCUUAAGCACACUGUAUAAACUUUUUUUUAGUUCUUUAACCCUUGCCUUCCUGUCACAGGGGUUUGCUUGUUGCUGCUAUAGUUUUUAACUCUUUCAUUUUAAUAACUGCAAGAUAAGAAAGAGGACUGUACAGACAAUAACCAGACUGCAGGCAAUAAUGCUGAGAAUCGCAUGGCACUCAGUUUUGUUAUCAGCCAGAACUCAUGCAACAUUACGAGUCUGAUUUAUUAUGGCAAAGCUGCUUUUUGCCACUUACCUGUUACAGUAUUACUUUGACUUCAUCUUAAUAUCAUUUGCUUCAUCAUCAACAGCUUUCUGUUCAGUCUGGGCCAUUCUUUGACUGCAUCAAUUUUAAAGUGACCAUUGUAAAAUACAUGGUACCUGGUAGCUUGUAAAUUACAUCAAAGAAUAAAAAAGGUUUUAUUUAUGGCUACUUUUGUUGCAAAUAAACUGUAUAUUUGUGAAUAAUAGAGGUAUAUUUGUGUAUUAUAGAUAUAUAUUUUAGAUAGGAAGAUACAGCAUAGUGAGAUACUGUGGAAAGAGGAGGUGGGGUAUAGUCUUGUUCUUUUGAGAAUUAGGGAUGUUUUUAUGUAUAGCUUGGAGUAUGUUGACAAGUAGGAGGUUUCCUCAGACAAUUGUGCUUCGACUAAACAUACAAUGUUUGCAGGCUCCUGAAAUUUUCUGCUUAAGUCACACAAGCCUUUUCGCAAUGAUUGUUAAACAGUACAGCACCUGAAAUUUAUCUUGAAGUCAUAUGUGAGGCUUAUGUUGACCACAUGGCAGCUAAUGCAGGCUAACAGAUCAGAGUAAUACUGGUUGACUCUGCCAGAGUGGUCACACCCAUUGACUUGCCUGAUCUGUGUUUAAAAUGACAGUCUGAGUGUUGGGCCAUUGGGUAUGUAGACAUGUAUAUUAGGGCUUAAUACACAUGGCCUCCAGACCUUAAUUCAUGAGUAGUCCCAUAGCAUGAUAGAUCCAUAUUGGAAUUUUGCCAGUGCACAGAUACCAGAGAGGCUCUAUGCCCCCAGUAUAAGGCUAUGGUGAAGGUAAAACCUAUUUUCUGGAAUAAAACUUAAUUUGCGCCCUGUAAUCACAGAAGAGCACCUAAAAGGUAUUUUACAUGCCUUCUCACUUGUUUCUAGUUAUACCUGGCUAACUAUAAGUUUUAUUUAAAAACAAAAUGUUAAUUGAAUAGAGAUUUUGUAAGUUCUUGAAUUUACAGAUUCCAACAAUAUAGUAAAAUACUACUUUUCCUAUUUAA